CUUCGUACAUGCAUCCCAUGCGUACGCUCGAUCUGCCGGUAAGAAAGUUGGCUUCUUGACCGUUGGGCGGCUUCUUCAUCAUGACCGGCAUGGGAUCACUGCUGACGAUAAACCAAAUUGGCGUGAGACUCAGCAUGGCCUGUAGCCUAGUCUAAUCUCUUGGGUCGUAAUCUCCGAGGUAGGCCGCCAAAAACUGCCAUCUUGUCCAGCUUUACUGCUGCCGCCAUCAUCUUUCUCACCAUGGGCAUGCAGGUUUCUGGCCUUCUAAUCCCACCGCGAUUCGGUCCUUAUCUGGGUUCUCGUCUCUUCAUCCCACUUUGCGAAAACCCAGACAUCCUGUGGACUCCAAUAUGUCUUGUGCCAAGUUCAUUGGAAUUGCUCUCAUCAUGGCCGAGUGCUGCAACAACUUGGGAGUCGGAAAGACAUGCACGAUUGUCGCAGCCGAGAUCCCAGAGACCAAAAAUAUCACGUACAUCCAGCUGGAUUUUUUGUUCCAGAGAAACACACCAACGAGGCAAACGGGAGUCGUCGGCAAGCGGUGACGAUCAAAUCGCAGUUUGAUCUGUA